AUGAUGCCAAAUCCGCAUCUGUAUGGCCACCACCAGUACACCCCGCAGGGGGACUCGUCGUGGAUGCACCAACAGAACACGCACCACCAGCACGCAGCCGCCGCCCAGCAGCAGGCCGCCGCAGCCGCAGCCGCCGCCUCGGCCGCCCAGCAGCAACAUUAUACCCGCAUCGCAUCAGCGCACCCGGCCAACGCGCUGGCCUCGGCCGCGCACGCCGCCCAAGAUGAGGCUAUGGGGCCCGGCAUUAGCGAGGACAAUCGGAGGACGCUCGCCUACAUCGCCGACCUCCUCAACGAGAGCACCCGCGAGGCCGCGCUGCUCGAGCUCAGUAAGAAGCGGGAGCAGGUCCCAGAGCUGGCCCUGAUUCUCUGGCACUCUUUCGGUGUCAUGACCUCGCUGCUGCAGGAAAUCAUCUCGGUCUACACACUUCUCAACCCAUCCCAGCUCACCGCGGCAGCGUCGAACCGAGUAUGCAACGCGCUUGCGCUGCUCCAAUGUGUCGCGUCGCACAACGAGACUCGGACCCUUUUUCUCAAUGCACAUAUACCUCUCUAUCUCUACCCUUUCCUGAACACGACCUCCAAGUCUCGGCCUUUUGAGUACCUCCGCCUGACGUCGCUCGGCGUCAUUGGGGCGCUGGUCAAGAACGAUUCCUCCGAGGUGAUCAACUUCCUCUUGACUACCGAGAUCAUCCCGCUCUGCCUUCGUAUCAUGGAGACAGGCUCGGAACUUAGCAAGACGGUUGCCAUCUUCAUCGUGCAAAAGAUUCUGUUGGAUGAUAACGGCCUCAACUACAUCUGCGCUACGUAUGAGCGAUUCUACGCCGUGGGGACCGUGCUGAGCAACAUGGUUGCGCAGCUGGUGGAGCAACAGACGGCUCGUCUGCUCAAGCAUGUUGUUAGGUGCUUCCUGAGAUUGAGCGACAAUGCCCGUGCUCGUGAGGCGCUCCGACAGUGUCUCCCCGACCCUCUGCGAGAUGCCACGUUUUCUUCGGUGUUGCGUGAUGACGCUGCUACGAAGAGAUGUCUCACCCAACUGCUGAUCAACCUCUCGGACAAUGUUGUCGAGCCCGGGAGCGGUCACCACGGGCUCUGA